AUGCAAUUUUCCUACCAGAGCAAACUUAUGACCCACACAAAAAUUCACAAUGGAGAGAAGCCAUAUUGCUGUUCUGACUGUGGUAAACAGUUCUCUACAAGUGGCAAUCUUCAUACCCACAGCCGGAUUCACACUGGAGAGAAGCCAUAUUCAUGUUCUUACGGUGGUAAACAAUUUAGCGCUAGUGGUGAUCUUCGAAAUCACAGACGGAAUCACACUGGUGAGAAGCCGUAUUCCUGUACUGAAUGUGGCAAGCAGUUCUCCUGGACUUUCAGCCUUCAUUCCCAUAAAAGAAUUUACACUGGAGAGAAGCCAUAUUGCUGUUCUGACUGUGGUAAAUGA